AUGUCGGAUGUAAAGGCAUACGAGAUGCAGCACGAGCCCGCCACUGCCAGCCCGGAUGAUGCGCCGUCCAGGGCCGAGACGCUGAAGAGUCCUUCGACCGUGAACUUCAUGGUCCACGAGAAGGCUGGUGGUGAGGCAGAUGCCGCUGAAUCAACGGCUCACCCAAACAAAGAGCUAUCGGCGGUGAAUGUAGAGGAUUCGAAGGCGGAUAGCUUGACCAGAAUCAAUACAAGUUCGGAAGGAACUGAGUAUCCUACUGGUGUCAAGCUGGGUCUGAUUUCUUUGGCGCUGUGCUUGAGGUUUGUUUACAUUCCACCACGUGUAGAGAAGGUUAUUGACAGUCGCAGUGUCUUCUUGAUUGCUUUGGACAAUACUAUUAUUGCCACCGCUAUCCCCAAGAUCACAGACGAAUUCCACUCCCUGCCGGAUGUUGGUUGGUACGGUUCCGCGUACUUGCUUACGACCGCCUCCUUCCAACUUCUCUUUGGGAAAUUCUACACCUUCUUCUCUAUCAAAUACGUCUACCUCAUCGCCAUCGCUAUUUUCGAGUUGGGAUCUUUGGUUUGUGGUGUUGCUCCCAACUCGACCGCUCUGAUCAUUGGAAGAGCUAUCGCAGGUCUUGGAUCCGCUGGCAUCUUCUCUGGAGCUCUGAUCAUCGUCGCAUACAGCGUGCCACUCGUCAAGAGACCCAUGUACUCGGGCUUCAUCGGGGGCAUGUACGGGAUUGCUUCAGUGGCGGGGCCUCUCUUAGGUGGCGCGUUCACUGACAAGGCUACAUGGCGCUGGUGUUUCUACAUCAACCUCCCCAUUGGAGCCAUUACCAUGCUUGUCAUCCUGUUCUUCUUCAAAGCACCACACAGAGAGAAGGCAGUAAGUGGAGGCUGGAAGGAAGACAUCAAGGUCUUCGACAUCUACGGAACCGCUGUCUUCCUCCCUGCGAUCGUCUCCCUCCUUUUGGCGCUGCAAUGGGGUGGCACCCAGUAUGCUUGGGGCUCUUGGAGAAUCAUCUUGCUCUUCGUCUUCUUUGGAAUUCUGGUCAUCGCCUUCAUCGCGAUUCAAUUCUGGAAACAAGAGACAGCAACUGUCCCCCCUGAGAUCAUGAAGAAACGCUCUAUUUGGUCCGCAGCCUGGUAUUCUUUCUCUAUUGGAUCCAUGUUUCUCUUGCUCGUCUACUACCUGCCGAUCUGGUUCCAAGCAGUGAAGGGAGCUUCAGCUGUCAAGUCUGGAAUUAUGAACAUCCCUAUGGUCCUGUCCCUCGUUGUCGUAUCCAUUAGCUCUGGUAUCGGAGUUACCCUGCUGGGCUACUACACACCCUUUAUGCUUGCAGGUACCGUCUUUGCAGCGGUUGGUGCCGGUCUUCUGUCAACCUUCACACCUGAGACGAACCAUAGCGCUUGGAUCGGGUACCAAUGCAUCGCUGGCAUCGGUGUCGGCCUCGGCUUGCAGCAGCCCAUGAUUGCUGUCCAGGCCGUCCUCGACAUCUCGCAGGUUCCCAUCGGCACAUCGAUCGUCAUCUUCUUGCAAACUCUGGGUGGCGCCCUCUUCGUUUCAAUCGGUCAGAACGUCUUCACCAACAAGCUUGUUCAAGGUCUCGCCAAAUACGCACCAAGCAUCGACCCCAAGGCCGUCCUCCAAAUCGGGGCUACUAGCCUCCAAAGCGAACUCUCUGCAGCCGAACUCCCCGGCGUGAAGAUGGCCUACAACGAGGCUCUCACAAAGUCCUUCCUGGUAGCUGCCGCCAUGGCCGCCUUCUCCAUCAUCGGCUCGGCAGCUAUCGAGUGGAAGAGUGUAAAGGGCAAGAAGAUCGAGAUGGGUGCUGCUUAG